UAUCACAGCACUGCGUGGGUCGUCAAGUCUUCCUUUUUGCUUUCAGUUUCCUUAUUCUAUUCUGUUUCUGAUAAAGCUGGCUCAGUGUUAACAGCGCCCACUUUGUGGAGUCAAUAUAUAUGUAAAUUGUUUGAUUAUGUAACAGACAUGUUUAAGUGAUUAAAAGGGCGGCGGCAUAUAGUCCUAACAACUCAAAAAGAAAAUUCAACGCAGAUCUUUUGCGAGCACAUAAUGGGUGAAUGAAUGAGUUGAAUUGUGUCCUCGGCAGUGCGAUUAGGCUAUGAUCCGGGUUACGACGUGGUUGCGGAGACUAGUUUUUUUUUUGCCAGAUCAAGUAAGUAGUAGAAUACCAGUAGUACAAGAAGUAGAGUUUUGAGAACAAGAGCAGAGAGUACAGCUAGAAGUUGAUAUGAUUAAGGGUUAACCAAUUACAUCCCCCACAACCAUUCCUCACUCUUUUUCCAGUAGGAAAGAGAUGAGGGUUGUUCUGAAGAAUGUAAUGCUCCUGCAACCUUUAAUCUGAUCAUAUGUUCAUCUGCGAGAACAAGUAAGUACAGUAGAAGUUUGAUCAACUACAACGAACUCGAACGAGAACGAGCACGGCUUCUACAUUUAUACUUCAUUAAGAACAACACACAGAACGGCAAGCCGAUGAAGACAACGAAGAACUUCAAGAAAAAGAGUUUCGAUCCAUUUGUUUCGGCAGUACCACGUGGAACAAACACCUUGUAAACUACUACAUCUUCAAGAACGCCUUCUUCAAAAGAAGCCAAAUAAACCUUCUCCGAUCAUGACUGACGCACACGCAAAUAACGCUAUGAUGGAAUACGACCAGGGAGAAGAGAACCCUCAAGAGGGGACGGGCGUCGCGUCCCGUCUCCUCGCAGACGACGUGCUCUAUCCCUCUGAUCUAAAGAUUUUGGGAUUGUUGCAGUGCGAAUUGGAGAUUAUGACUCUUUUUUAUAACAGCUGAACAUGAUGAAAUUAUAGUUUCUAGCUCCACUGCAGUUUUUGUUACAGCUAAGACUUCAUGAUCUUCAUUCCGCUGAAAAAGCCAUUUGAUGGUUAUGCAGAGGUACUUAUAUGCGUCCUCUUCAUAGUGCUCCUCAGAUGAGAAGUAGAUGCAAAUUUCCCUCUCCACGACACGACCCUUGCCCUUCUCCUUGCCCUUCAUACGAAAAUUAACCACAUUGAGGAAUGUGGUUGCGAACGGUGAUGUUGCGGAGGUGGAACGACUACUGAGCAAGAACUCUCUCUGUGUCGAUGUUCCUUGCUACGAUGAUAGUAGUGACUCGUUUUGCACCUUACUGGGCUUCGUCGCAGCCAGACCGAACCUGCCAAACGGCACAGAGCUGAUGAAACUCUUGCUAGCUCACGGAGCAUCAGUAAACUUAGGGCUUCUACAGAAGUUCUUCACUAGUAUCCCUAAUAUUCGCAUGUUGUGGACUGUGCUGAGUGAAGAAGUGCCACUACUGGUUCUAGAGGGGAAACCCAAAAAAACGCCAAAUGAAAGGGGGGAAGAUGGCAGCCCACUCAACCUGGCAUAGUGAAAAAACUAGCGCUAAUAAACGCGUUGUCGAAUGUGGGCGAGACACCUCUCUUUCUUGCUUGUAAGUGCAAGAACGUUCCGGGAGCGAGUCUGUUGUUACGGCUUCCUCUUGCCCUCAUUCAUCUUCUUGAGAAGCAACAUCUUGGAAGGCUUUUGUCUAGAGAAAAUUGAGAAGUAUCUUCAAGGUGCCUUGUUCCUUCUCAGGGAUUAAGUUGAAUUAUUGGGGUCGCCGGAAGGUCUAAUGUUGCUUGCGAGCGGUGCGAGGCAUGACAUCAUAGAUCACAGCGGGGCUUCGGCUCUUUGUGCAGCGGCUAGCUUGCCGCCAAAGGAUAGUAUGGACAACGAGGAACGACACGAAGCGUCGUUGCUGUCGGUAGAAUUGAUUGAGUUGCUUUAUGGCGUCCUUCUUGUUUUCCCUGUGAUCAAAAUGAGGCUACCAAAUACCAGAGCCAUGCAUCGCUAGAACUUCUCUUGACCAGGGAGGGUUACCCAUGAAGUACAUGACCAUGAGGAACUACAUACACUUUUACUAGCAGUUGAUGUUGUAGUAUCCUCAUUUUCUUUCUCAGUGUUGCACUGGAUGAGUACCUCAUCUCUAACUCCCGCUCUGGUACCAAGCUGAUCGAAAUGGGCAGUGUCAUCCAGGUGCUAAAGUGCCACUCGUGGUCGCUAUUGAACACAACAACUAUAUCGGAGUUCAGACCUUGCUCCAAGCUGGUGCUAGUCCCAGCAAAGGACCAACCAUACUUGCGGCGUUAAGUUGCGCAGCAAGCGAAAGUGAUGUUGAUAUCACUUUCAUGUUGAUGGUACUAGUACUAAGAGUUCUUGUCUUCCCGCCUUAUAAUUAAGGGAGGUUUUCAGAAAUUUGUUUUUAGAAAUUCAAAUUUUUGUGGUCUACAAUUUCAAUUAUGACAAGUCGAUCCUCGUCUCGUCCAUCUUUAUUACGCUCUCCAUCUCAUUUCAUCACAGCUUCUCUGCAGUGCUGGCGCCGACCCUCUCUUUUGCGACGAAAGUGGCAGGCUCCCUGUCCAAAUCGCUUAUUCUCUUUUCGGCGAUCGCGAUGAGAGGUUUAGUUAAGGGCGCGACCGUCACGUCAAGAACCCAUCUGCUCUCACAGCACCACAUCAGCAUCUUAUAGAUAGAAAGAAGGCAGUUACUUUCUAUUUCUUUGGAAAGUGCUAAAUAAAGUAAAGAAAUAUUAAAGAUGUUGUUACAAGUAAAAGAUGUUGUUCAUCUUCCAACUCCAAGCUAAAAUAAGAUGUUCAUCUUCAUCCUUGUCUCCUGUAGAGACUCUUCUAACUUAGACUCUUAAAGCAGCACUUACAAGACUGGGAGGUCCUUUUCGGCUUGGAUCCGAUAGACUUGAAGGCUCUCAUCAACGAAAUGAAGGAGGAGAAGCAACUCUAUGACGAAUUGAUGGCGGCAGAGCAACAGGCAAGAGAACUACAGGCCGAAACUGGUAUUUUUGAGUUCACUUUGAGUUUGUGCCAGAAGAGCUUAAGAGGAAAGAAGAGAGAACUAGAAGGAAGGGAAGAAAAGUAGCUGAUCUCUACUGCGAUAUUGUAGUUUCUAUUCUUGCGACAAGAAAAGUAGAAGAUAUUAUGUAUAUUAGGCUUCUAGACGGUGACUUCUCUAUCCUUUACCUACUAUCCUUCCUUUUUCUUUUCCUAGUUAGUUUGGCUCCACCCAUAUAUUAGGCUAGACGGUUGUUUGACUUUGAGGUUGUUUCCUUGGUAAAGACCUUGCCACAGGAUCCAUGUUCUAUUUUUGCACAUUCGUGCCUUGCUUCCAACACAACGCAUUCACUUUCAUCGGCAGGCGACGAAGAUGGCGUGAUCUUUCCUUUACAGGGAAGUGGCAGUAUGAACUUUGCUGAGUUGAGUAACAAGCGUGCUGCGACGAGUACUGCGGCAACGGCUGGGGGUGGUGGUGUCGCACAGACCCGAACUGCUAGGGCCACUACUAGAGUUGUGAGCAACCUUUUACCAGGUAUGGCGAUGUGAUAUAAUUGUCGUGGAAGACCUGUUGUUCCCCUCUCUUUAUCCUGACUAAUUCUAAUGGAAUAGCUCUUGUUUCCCAAUCCAUGCAUUUAAUAUCCUGACCUCGAGGACAAAAAUUCUUUCUCUUUCAUCCCCAAACGUGCGGGUCAAGCAGUGCGAAGACUACUGCCGCAGAAACUGUUGGAGAAAACCAAGGGCGGUCAACUGCUCAGUCGGAUCAUAGGACUGGAUCAGACUUCAACCUACCUGCACCACGAACCGCAAUACAACACGGCCGUUACGCAUCGAGGAAGCACAAAUACGGGUCUGCCAGAACCACAUUUUUUGACGGAAUUUUAAGGAUCUACAAUGGAAAUAUAGGCAUUUCUUUGCUUUCUGCUAGCACUGUCGCGUGCUUUCCUAUAAAAAUUCCCGUAAAAAUAAAGGUCUUCUAACUCCCGCGCAAUGCCAUAAACGGCUUAGAAAAGCCUUGUCGAGAUCUGCUGAAGGAUAGUUGGUUUCAGAUGCUGAUGCUCCUGACGCUGCUCAUCGCCCUCUACUUCCCGGAUCUCUUCGUGGUAGGCGACGUCUCUCCAGUAUCAACAUUGGACGUGCUGUUGUACUUAUGCAAAGAACCUGGUAUUGGUAUAUUAUAACUUUCCAAACUACAACAGCUGCACCUCCUUGUUCAACGAUCAUGGUGCCACUCUCUCUGCCGUUGCAUAGUACGAGUAGCGCACAGCGCGCUCUCGUCUUUUUCUCAUCUCUAAUCUUGAUAGUAAUGGCGCUUUUUCUGUUCGAAAUAUCAGUGCAGUGUUUGGCGACUGCUGGCUAUCCUUGGUCCUUCUUCUUCUGGGCAGACACGGUUGGGAUGCUGUCCGUCAUCCCGGACUUCUCAUUCAUCAUGCAGAUGACCUAUUCCACGGUACUUGUAGUUAGUAUGCUAUCUUGUUCUAGCAAGUUAGUAGUAGUGCAACUGUUGAGAUGUUGUUCAUGUUCUUCAGUACAGAUGUUGCCGCGAGGACUGAACGCAAAAGAGAGACGCAACAAGCACAGCUUCUCAUGGGGAAAGAUGAUGUGGUCACAAAUAAUCGUGUACUUGCCACAACAGAGUGAAGACGGUGAUGCGACUAUCAUCUUGGUCACGAGGAUGAUCAAGCUCGCUGCAAGAGCAGGCAGGUUUUUCCGACUAGUCAAAAUCUUGAAAAUCCUCCCGGGAAUGAGCAGCAUGCUUGAAGCGGGAGCCGCGGGAACAGCAAGGAAGAUAUCAGAUCGACUCCAUGCCGCUGUGUCGAUUCGGGUGUCUUUCGUGAUUAUUUUCAUGGUCAUCUUGAUUCCCGGUCUGCUCGUAGUGACAGUUCGGCUGGCAGAACAAGACUUGUCGUUACUUGUGUGGCCAGAGCUAGUAGCGAAGUCAGCGAUAACGUCAACGCACACGAAGGCAGCGGAGUUGGCUUUUAUGAAGAUGUAGAUGAUCUUCUUGAUCAAUAUAGUUUACCAUUAUCAUUGGUGUCGUCUCAAAGAGACCAACACCUAACCACUCACUACAAGUUGAAUUCAGGAAAACAACAACUACCCUUCUACAGGGACAGAUGCAGUGCUGCCCCCGCAGUUAGCAUAACAGGAGCUUCACCAGCAUAGUAAGUCUCCUCAUUUAAUAAAGUACUUAAAAAGAGUCUUUGUCUUUCCCCCUGUCAUCUCUGCUCCCUUUUCUCCUCUUCAAGAAGAGCAGUUUUUCCUUCUUUCAUCUUCCCCUUCUUCGCCAAAGAGGAAUUCUUCCCGUACGAAUUGGAGCGUCGCUGGUAUUGGGGAACCACGAGACCUGAAUGGGAUGAUUUGCAUUACAGAGAAAAUUUAGUCCAAUUUCCCGAAUUCGAAUCGUUUGGUCGCGAUGGCGAGAGCGAUCCAAAGCGGUCAAUUACGGCGUGUCCUUUUUAGAUUGAAGAUUCAUUUUGUUGAGAAGCAUCUUCGAUAGAAGGGUCGUGCCUAGAAGCAUCUCUCUUAGAAGGGUCAGGGUGCUGCCGACCAACAUGAUGUCCAUAAGAGAGGGGGACUCAUUGCCAGGAAGAUGCUCAUGCUCUGGAAGAUGCUCAUGCUCUGGAAGAUGCUCAUGCUCUGGAAGAUGCUCAUGCUCUGGAAGAUGCUCAUGCUCUGGAAGAUAAUGGUGCCAGUCUACAAUUAUAUAAAAGAUCUUACCAUUAUACUUUAUAGCACGCAUGGUGCAUGGAGUAGCAUGGAGUGCAUGGAGCGCAGAGCUUUAAGGGGCGCAAGAAGCUCCCCCUUUAGCUCCAUGCUACUCCAUGUGAUCCAUGCACUCCAUGCCAUGCGAGCUGUGAAACCUUAGAAACUGCUCUAUUAUAGAAGAACAAGCCGACUUCAGGUGUAAGCUCUAAACCAUGUAACGUAGUCGUGCGAGCAUCACCAGCAGUCGUGUUCGAAUUCAAUUCCACGGACUGGCGUAGUUCGAAUUCGACACUUGGCUUUUACUUGCCGCCACCAACGGACACGAGUAACAUUUAUGACAUUGCUAUUAAUAGUACGUCAACGUAGUCGUAAAACGUAGUUGUACGACCAUAACUUCAUUGCUACGAGUCCGUACUAAAAAUAGUCCAUGUUGACACGACGCGGCCUCCAUGAGAAUCGAACCCCAGGUCUUCGAUAUUCUCUACCAAACUGAGUACUAGUACUUUAAAAACUCCUUAUAACCUGAACUUGUUCUAUCUUCCACCCCGUCCUUCACCUUCCCCUUCUCCCACCCACGCUCUUUCCACACUCUCUCCAUUCAUAUCACGUACUCCAUCGUGAAAGUGCGGUAUAAUUUCACAUAUAUCCAUCAAUUGGAUUCGGGUAUGAACAUGGUCAUGAUUGCGCUGAUCAUGACUCUUCUAGUGGUCUUCUCUUUGGCCUUGCAGGGAGUGAUAAAAAAGAUUGUGCUCAGUCCUUUUAUGGUGAACGAGUUCACUUCUCAUACUCUCUAAAAACAACUAUGAGAAUUCCAUGUAGAGUGUUGAUGAAGAUAUUGCUUUCGAGAACUAUUCAGACGGAACCUAGCAAGCGCAAAUUAUCGAUGAUAUUUGAACCAGAAAAUAUCAUGAAGAAGAUUCUAAAUCUACUACUGCAGUUUAUUCAUGAUCUACUUCUCCCUCCACCACCAGCACCAGUACACUGACCCCCCCCCGUGAUCAUGAUCGACCCCCGUAUAAGUAAUCCCCUUUCAUCUCCUUAGAAGCACUCUUGAACCAAGUCCGCGAACUCGCCGCUACGAUGUUCAAAAGCGUCAACGACAUGUCCAGCGUGAUGAAGGCCACUGGUGAAGAAGAGGAGGACGAUGACAUGGUCCCGGAGGAGGAGGACGAAGACGAGGAUAUCACCAACAACGACGAGAAGAAUCCGGGACAUUAAGCCUUUUCACACAUUCUCGACAUUUUUGACUUCUGAUUUUUCAAUUUACUCAAUUCGGAACUCUUGGCUCAGGUAAGUCACCGAAGAGAACCGGGUAGCUGCAUAGCAUUCGGCGCUGGUCAUAGAUACUCUCCCUCGGUACUACAUUGACUGCAGAGCGGUGGCUGUAGUAGUCAAGACUCUUAGACAUCAAGGGGAACAAGAACAACCUUUGACUACUAUUAGAAUACUGGGAAUAGAGACUUUCCCUCGAUACAACUAGUUCGGAGUUCGUUCCUACUCGUCCCUAUACUAGGAAAGAAGUCAAGAACGAUCUGAAGAAUGCAGUGCCGCAACCUGUAAGGACAGAUGAUGGAGACCGCUUUGUUGGGGAAAAUCGCGAAUAAGCUGACGUUGUUACACGACAUCACCAUGGCGAAACAAAUGCAAGAUCAGGUAUUGAAGGAAUCGCUAAUCACGGAUUUUUUACGUCGUUUUGAAGAUUUCAUCAAAUGUUUCCAAUGAAUUGCGGAUCACUUCUACUUUUGGAUUGACUACAUACUACCCAAGUACAACAGGUCGACGAAGAGAUCCAGCAGUACACGCAAGCCGCAAUCUACAAGAAGCCGCAAAGUUAUGCUCAAGAACAUUGAGUGUCCAUCUGUGGUCUCGGCAUCUUGAUCCCCUUUUCCCUCGUAUUUCAUGGGAACAAAGGGGUCCUCCGGGUGAGGGGACCGCAAAAAUGGAUACUCAAGAAGCCGACUUCUCUAACAAAGGGUGGUGGAAGACGAGGAGGAAGAAGUCAGAGAUGAGGAGUUCCUAAGACUCCAGCGAGUAGCCCUUAUGCAGGCUGGGUUGACGUUAGAGGACGUGGAAAGUUUCGAAUUCAAUCCAUUGGAGUUGGACGAUUUCCAAACCUACACUGCUGUUUUGUGGUUCCUACAGGGGGAAAGCAUGAACCUAGGGCCAUGGAUCAAAGACACAUUGAAAGUGGAUGGGAAACAGGUACUUAAUAUUCUUUUGGUGGAAAGAACGUGGUCUGCUGUUCACACCCCUCUGCCUCAACCUCCUCAACAAGCACAAAGAUCAGGGUUUUAGUAUGGGUCGUUAGAAGCACUUUGAAAACAUACUAUUAAGCACUGACUUGGGAAUAAAGUGACUUUGAUAAUUUCGUUUUUCUCAGUAGUCGAAGUGUAUUAUCCACCAUCUCCAGCUCAUGGUUCACUGAAGUUGAGAUCCAUAAACUUUCGUAGAAGGAAGCUUAGAGUGUACCACCGCAUUCCCAUCACCAUUUUGACAGAUCCAGCGUUUCCUCGAGGAGAUUUCAGCGAAGUACGUGAACACAAACCCCUACCACAACUGGCUCCAUGCUGUGGAUGUCACCCAUUGCACUUAUUCGCUAUUAAACCUCUGCAAGACGAGAGAUAUUCUCUCGGUUUCCGACAGAUUCUCGAUGAUUUUAGCUGCCGUCUGCCACGACGUCGGUCACCCUGGUUACAACAACCCCUUUUUGGUGGAGUCAAGCGAUGCUUUGGCUUUGAAAUAUAACGACAAAUCGCCACUAGAGAACAUGCACUGCGCGAUUAUGUUUGACGCGGGCUUUUCGAAUCCGGAGACAGCUAUUUUUUACGGCUUACUUUACCUAAACCUGUACAACUUAAUUCCUCGUUUUAAAUAGAGAGGCAUCUUGAUCUUUGAGUUAUAUUUGACGUGCUUGUUUCGCGGAGAACAAAACAGCAGAAAGAUGCACCGGAUGCACUCGACGGAGUUGAGUUUCUUGUUCAAAGUAGCUAAAAAAACGAACCCCUAGGUGUAAGGUUAAGGAACCUCAAGCUUCAUCAUUCUCAUUCUCUUAGUUAGUUUCGUGUUAAGUUGUAACUUUCCACAACAUACGUAACCGCACCGCUUCGCCAUUCCAAUCUUUGCGUGAGAUCCAUCGUGUAGACCAUCUAUGACGCCCUUAUGGCAGUCUGCGCUGAACUUUCUUGUGCGAGAUUAAUUGCAUUGUAUUGUGCCUCUAAUUUCUCGAUAAAUGCAGCAAGAACACCUACAUCGACAUCAGAAGAGUAGCAAUAGACGCGAUUUUGCAUACGGAUAUGGUCAACCACUUCCCGAUGGUGAGCCAUUUGAAGCUGUUGUACGAAGAAAACGUAGAGAUGAUCUCCAUGGUGCAACAGGAAUACUGGGGAAGCGUUGUUAUGACCUUGACUUGUGGUCACAAUAAUAAAUGUAGAUCUUGACAUUGACAAUCUAAGGAAAUAAGGUAGUUACCGACUGAAAUAAGGGAGGUGGUAGCUUUGACAGGGCCACUCUUCCUCUUUAAGUAGUUACUCGCUUAUUUUCAGGAGUUACUUGCUUAUUUCAGUUUUUCGAAUAUAUCUUGAUCAUCUCCUUCCAAGGAGAACCUCCUAGUACCGUCGGUUAGUUUUCCCCCUCCAUGAUACAUCGUAUCUCAAACUUCCUUGUCUGAAGCUCAUAUAUCUCUCUCUCUCUAUAGCAUCAAUCUCCAAGGAGAACAACCUGUUCAUCUUAAAAUUGCUCUCUUUUCUGUUCCUCCUUAGGAACGUCAGUUAAAAAAAUGGCCUUGUAGAUGAAAAAACGAGCUCUGACCUUGAGAAGAUAGAAGAUGUAGACGUACUCAAAAGUAGAUGACGAUGUUGAACUAGGUAGUGUACUACUACUACUAGAUUGAGUUAGAUAGUGUAGUGUACUACUAGAUGAUCAUUAAGUUAGGUAUUGUACAACAAGAACUACUUGACGACUUAGCUUUGACAGGAUCUAACCUCAGUGGCGGUUUACAUGGCGGAUUCAACUACUUGGGAAGCAGUGGCACCAAUGCUGGUGGUGGAGGUGGGAAGUCGAGUUGGGAGUUACCACAAGAGGCCAUUGAUUUUUGGAAACAGCCAGAGAAGGCUAGUUUGCUGAGGAAUAUGAUCUUGCAUGCGGCGGAUAUCAGCAACCCGUUUAAGCCGUUUCCAAUAUGCAGGGCGUGGGCGUAAUUAAUUAGAUUUUCACCUCCACUCAGUGAUUUGGAAUUCAACUCAUCCACGGGAACGAACGGAACCCCUGAGUGAUAGAUUUCAAUUCCACAAGAACAACUUUCUCAGGUAUCUGGUCCUCAUCCCCAACGAACGGAACUCGUGAGUGAUAGAUUUCAAUUCCACAACAACUUUCUCAGGUAUCUGGUCCUCGAAGAAUUCUUCCUGCAGGGUGAUUUAGAGAAGAAGAGGGGAUUGACUGUCCAGAUGUUGAACGACCGAGACAAGGUGAAAAAGCCACAGUCGCAGAUCGGCUUCAUCGAGUUCGUGGUCGCACCGUUCUAUUUUCAGCUAUGGAUGUUGACAUGAUGAACUACUACUCGAAGAAAACUGAUGAAAGUUGUAAGGGAGUUUUUACUGACUGGUGACAUAAAAGUAGAGUCUUGACUGUACAUUCCUCUUCGUUUUUCAGUUGUACCUCCUCAACAAGUUCGUUAAAUCAAUGCCUUACACUCUUUGGCUUUAAAGUUAUUUUAAGUAGUAGUUGCUCGGUUAUUUCAGUUCAUCGAAUACUUGGCUUUGGUUGAAAAUGGUCAUAAGCGGUUUCCUAGGUUGCUUGUACUAGGGUGACUGCUCGAUGACGAGCUGCGUUAGUUCUAGUUGUAUUGUACUUGUUCCUUUUCCUUACGAAAAAAGAGCUCGUGUUCUUCUAAUACCCUUCGCCACCUUGAUGCCGAGUAUCUACCAGUGUGCUGAGGGCAUCGUGCACAACGUCCGGCAAUGGGAACAAGAGUGGAUCGAGGAGGAGGAGCACGCUACCGAGGAAGCCCAAGCUGGUGUCCACAAUAGAAUCCUGAAAUUGGAAGAAGGGUUAGAGAAGUGUAAGAUGGUGUGAGGUCCUCAGGAGAUCUACAUCUAGGUGGAGGAUGUUGGAGAAGUGAAAGAUGGUGUGACGAGGAGAGGUACAUCUAGGUGGAGGAUGUUGGGGAUGAUCAUGGUAUUGGUAGGGAGGAGACAUCAGGGAUGGGGAUCUAAGUACUUGUAAAUUUUUACAAGUUUAUAGUACUUAUGCAGAACUGUUGUAAAUAGGUCAUGUCUUAGAAAAAUGAAAAUGUAAGAUGCGGUAACUACAAGAUUUUGUUCGAGAAUCACGAGUAGUCGUAAAUUCAUACUGUAGUUUGGCUAAUUAUUUACAAUGUUUCUGGAAACGUGACCUACAAGAACUAGUACUUGAACACAGAGAGCUUGUGAAUAACAAACAAAAUUUCACCAGAGAGCAAAGAUAAGAAACUUCUUAUUCUAGCAUGAUUUCGUUACUUUUCGACUAAGGAAAACAUAAACAACUCAAAUUAAUAUAGCAGUUUGUUUUAACUUGAUUGUAUUUCCGGUAGGUAACACUGCCUAGUCAUUCUUGUUCUUACUUUCUAUUGAUAGAUAUAGCGCAGGCAUCUGCAGUUGCAAGAAUUAAGCCUCAAGGAAACCGACCUGCACCAGGCAGAAGCCAGUUUUUCUGCAGAAGCAGAUGUGUGACGUUUAUAUAGCAAAUCGAAAUGGUUUUGUUAAGAAGAGUACGCCGCGUUUUUUUAGUGUAGUGUUGAUGCGCAACAUGCUCUUCUAGCCCCCAUAUAGUACCCGAUGAGACAGGAUGUCAUAUCUAAGGCAGUCAUAUCCUCAUGUGAGUUGAGAGAAGAGCUCCUUAAUGACACACUUCAGUUCGAGGUUGACGCUUCAUCUUCAUCUACUUAAAUGUCUCCUAUAAUUCGCUGUGCCUUGUUCUGCAGUGAUGUGAUUCUGAUAUGUCGAAGACCUAUCAUGCUUGAAUAUUUUACUAGUGUCUAAUAGCGCAUGAUGUGAAAGCUGUGAUGAUCAAGUGGUUCUUAUACAUAGUAUUGACCUCUCGAGUGAUAUCUAAUGAUUUUAAAAAUCUUAGUCUUUUUUGUUUGACAAUGUAAAUACAAUGUCAUGGCAUUAUCGUUUUUGGAGAGAUUUGAGUACUAGUACUAGUAUGGUAGAAGGUUUUGUGGCCGUAGUCCAGUGUAUAAUUAAUGAACGGAAAUACAGUAUGCAGUAGUGUGUCAAUUCUAGAAAGAUUCCUCGUUUUCAUGUUGUCCAGUACUGUAAAAUAGUUUGGUCCGGAGAAUACCGUCUACCUAGAGUUCAUUCACACUGUAUAUAUAAUUAGGCCGACGCAUUGGCAUUAUAUAUAAUGUAAUGCCCUCGUCUUCAUAAAUUUUCCGAAGAAAUAUAGAUUCAAAUUUUUCUUUUUACAUAGACGAACAGCAAAAAAUGCAAUUGAAGAUGACUCGUCUAGGUUUAGCUAGAGAACGACGAGACGAGUUCAUUGUUUGAUUUCUAUCAAUGUCUGAGUCACAUAAUCUAAUCUUCUCAAGGGCUCCCACAGCAUCUCCAUCAUCAAAAGCAUAGUCAACUAGCCUUUUUUCAUCAGCAGUAAAGUAGGUACUAUGUAUAGAAAGAGCGGUUCUGGUUCCGAGCGUGACCACAUCAAAGGUUUCAUGCGGUGGAGUUCACAAAGACUGUUCUAAUCUUUUUCGAUGAAUCUUUUCAACGUCCGUAUGAUAUGGUAGAACGACAUUGAGUUUGAGAUUGACGGUGGUUAGGUGGAAAGACUUGAAAUUAAGGCUCAGCUUUCGAUGGUCAUUGGGGUUGGUCACUGAGAUCCCUCUUGAGAGAACAGGGGAAAAUGAAGGAAAAGCAAAGGGAGAGGCAUGGGACCCAUUUCUUUCAG